GGCACGGGCGGAUACCCAACCAACCAACCAACACACCAACCAACCAACAGGAGGCGGCGGCUGAGCAGAACCAAUGUUGCUAGUGCGGCAGCUAUUUGGCGCAUCGGCAAACUCAUGGGUGCGGGCCCUUGUCAUCUUUGUGCUGGCCUGGGUGGCACUCGUCUACGUGUUCGUGGUUAAGCUGACCAGCACACAGGGCCAGCAGGCGUCGGGAGAGAAUGAGAUCAGCGCGCGGCGCAUCACCCAGGCCCUGCAGCUUCUCGAGCACACCAAGCAGCGCAACGCGGAGCUCAAGCAGCUUAUUGAUGAGCUGAUGAGCGACCAGCUGGACAAACAGAGCGCCCUGAAGCUAGUACAAAAGUUGGAGAACGAUCCCCUCAACCCAAAGCAGGGGCUGCAAAGUCUGGGAGCAGAGCCCGAGGCGUUCUUUGAUUCUGCCCCUGCCGAUCUGAGGGGCUGGAAUAAUGCCGAAGGUGGAAACGAUCUGCUGGACGGAGCUGCAGCUCAGUUGGAUCUCUUAUCCGGCGACGAUCUGGGACAUGGCGAGCCCAGUUUGGAGUACGAGUUUACGAGGCGACGCAUCCAGACGAACAUUGGGGAGAUCUGGAACUACUUCAGCAGCGAGCUGGGCAAGAUAAGCAAGGUGGUGGCCAGCAAGGGGCACAAGGAGCUGGAGGAGUCCAUCAGCCAGGUGCUGGUGCAGGGUGCAGAGCACAAGCGAUCGCUUCUCAGCGACAUGGAUCACAUGCGGCGUUCGGACGGUUACGAGACCUGGCGCCACAAGGAGGCCAGGGACUUAAGCGACCUGGUCCAGCGGCGCCUGAACCACCUGCAGAACCCCAGCGACUGUCAAAACGCUCGCAAGCUGGUCUGCAAGCUCAACAAGGGCUGUGGCUAUGGCUGCCAACUGCACCAUGUGGUGUACUGCUUUAUUGUGGCCUAUGCCACGGAGCGCACCAUGAUCCUCAAGUCGCGUGGCUGGCGCUAUCACAAGGGCGGCUGGGAGGAGGUUUUCCAGCCGAUCUCGAAGAGCUGCCACGACGCGGGGUCUGCCAACGCAUACAACUGGCCGGGCAAGCCCAAUACUCAGGUCCUGGUGCUGCCGAUCAUUGACUCGCUAAUGCCGCGCCCACCGUACCUGCCGUUGGCCGUGCCCGAGGAUCUGGCGCCGCGCCUCAAACGCCUGCACGGUGAUCCCAUUGUCUGGUGGGUGGGCCAGUUCUUGAAGUACCUUCUGCGACCGCAGCAGCCGACGCGCGAAUUCCUCUUUGCCGGCAUGCGAAACCUGGGCUGGGAGCGUCCCAUUGUGGGGGUGCAUGUGCGUCGUACGGACAAGGUGGGCACGGAGGCGGCGUGCCACAGCAUCGGGGAGUACAUGACCCAUGUGGAGGACUACUACCGAACGCUGGAGAUCAAUGGGACAAGUGUGGUGCGACGAGUCUUUCUGGCCUCGGACGAUGCCAACGUGAUCGAAGAGGCGCGCGAAAAGUACCCGCACUACCAGAUCAUCGGUGAUCCAGAGGUGGCUCGCAUGGCGUCCGUCUCCACGCGCUACACGGACACGGCCCUCAACGGUAUCAUACUGGACAUACACCUGCUAUCCAUGUCCGACCAUCUUGUGUGCACCUUCUCCUCGCAGGUCUGCCGCGUGGCGUACGAGAUCAUGCAGACCAUGUAUCCGGACGCCUCGAACCGCUUCAAAUCGCUGGACGACAUUUACUAUUACGGCGGUCAGAAUGCGCACAAUCGUCGCGUAGUCAUCGCCCACAGCCCGCGCACCCACGAGGACCUACAGCUGCGGGUGGACGACCUAGUGUCGGUGGCUGGCAACCACUGGGACGGCAACUCCAAGGGCAAGAACACGCGCACCAAUCAGGGCGGCCUCUUUCCCUCAUUCAAGGUGGAGGAAAAAAUUGACACCGCCAAGCUGCCCCUAUAUCCGGGUGUCUAGCUCUAGUUCUAGCUCCCGACGCAGUGGCUGUCCCCCCAUUAGGUUUACUUUGGAGAAUCUCUUCUGCCGCAUUCCAUGUGGAAGUUAUGGUAGCUGGUGCAAGUUCAAGUUCAAAUUUAUAUUCAGAAUCUGGAAUCUGGAAUGUGGAAUCUCCAAUCGAUAGCUCUCUAUCUAUCUAUCUAUCUAUAUAUCUCUCAAUACGUGUAUAUUCCUCGUACACGCAUGUGUAUUUAAUUUUUCCGACAUUUUCCCUCACUUGACCUGGUGUAUGUUCCGGUUCCCGCUGCAUUCACACGGGUGGGCACUUAUCUCAAUUCUAAUUCUGCAUUUUGUAAAAGUCCUUUAUUACAUUGUAAGUCGAAGCCGAAGAAAUUAUGAUAUGACAAGAAACACCCAUUAAUACUUAUACAUAUAUAAAUUAAUUAUAUAUAGAAGUGCAGUGCAUGUAGGGUUCAGUAAGCGCAAUAUAGUGUAACCUCUGUAAAAUACAAGAAAACAAACAAGAAAACAGUCUACGUAAACACAAUCGUCAAUAGAAAAAAAUAUAAAUAAAUAG